AUCGACGCUGUGAACGUUCUUGCAUUCGACGGCGACAAACAGACUACUUAGACCACCUGGUGAAGCACCCGAAGGCUUGCUAUUACUGCCCUGGUUACUUAUCGCUGCUGAACUCACUCAUGUCUUCCAAUACCAACAAUGACAUUGCCACACCAGCAUCUCCAUGGAAUCUUCCAGCUGGGAUCAGUUCUACUCACAUCACAAUUCGCAACAAUACUGUCAAAUCUCACUUCCUCUCCGCCGGGAAUCCCUCUGACCCUCUCAUUCUCCUCCUUCACGGCUUCCCCGAACUCUCGUACUCCUGGCGAGACGUCAUUAUGCCCCUCUCAUCUUCCAACAGCCCGGGAGGCACAGGCUACUACGUCGUCGCACCAGACCACCGAGGCUUCGGCCUCUCCUCCCUCCUUACCCGCUCUGAUCCUUCCUCACAAAUCUCGUACGACGAAGACCUCAACGACUACAGACAGGAAGAAUUAGUCGAAGACGUAGUUGCACUCGUACACGCUCUAGGAAAGACGAAAGUGCAUCUACUCAUCGGUCACGACUUCGGAUCUACGAUCGCGGGGAACUGUGCGAUCAUCCACCCGGAGCUUGCUGAGAGAUUGGUGCUUAUGAGCGCGCCGUUCACGGGUCCAGUGCCACAGACGGAUGAGGGCGUGGCGCAGGGUAGGGCAUUUAUGGAGAUGGUGCAGCGUGGACUUGCGGCCCUGGACCCGCCGAGGAAACAUUAUAUGGUGUAUUUCUCGGGUCCGGAGGCGAAUCGCGAUAUGCUCACGGGUGGCGGAGAGAAAGCGGGUAGUGGAGAGGGGGAGUAUUCUUUCCGCGACUUCAUACGCGCGUAUUGGCAUGUGAAGAGUGCGGAUUGGGAGCUGCAGCCGGACCCGCACUCUAUCCCGAUGCCUUCUCCUGGCUCUCCAGAUGCGAAGAACGGUAAUCCGCUCGAGGCUCUCGCAGAAAUUCCCGAAUAUUAUAUCAUGCGCUCGGAACUCACCAUGCCACAAACCGUACUUCCCCAUCUUCCCCGCACCAUCAAAUCCGCGAACGAAGACGAGGAGCAUUGGAUGUCCGAGAGCGCCCUCGCGGUCUACGUGGACACCUACCGUCGUACAGGCUUUCAAGGCGGUCUCAACCUCUACCGUGCCAUGAUAUCUCCUCUUGAUCCCUUACCCAAUGCGAAGCCGGAGCUGAUGAAGCGGAAGAUUGAGGUGCCGACGAUGUUCAUUGCCGGUAAGAAGGACUGGGGAACGUGGCAGUUUCCGGGGGCGGUGGAGAGGAUGAAGGCGCUGUGUGUGAGAAUGAGGGAGGCGGGGAGAGGUGAGGAGGGUGUUGUGUUGGUGGAGUGUGCUGGACAUUGGGUGCAGCAGGAGAGACCGAAGGUGGUUGUGAGACUAUUGGCAGAGUUCGCUAUGAAGGGGGUUUGAAUGGUUCGGAAUUCCUCGCAUGACCGCCCAGGAUUGGAUAGGACACUGCUGCUGAACCUAAACUGUAACCAAGAGUUCGAAAUAACUACUGUAAACGAGGAAAGUGCCCUGAGGAUGGUGUACGAGUAGUUGUACUUCAAUAUAUUGUACACAGU